AUGGGGCCAAGGGAGAGGGCAGAGAAUGUUCUGGAUUGUGGGCCAAGGAUAAAGGGGAGUAAUGAGUCCUCUAAUGAUUCCAUUAAUCAGUCUGUAACUUGUAAUUUACUGGAUAUGAGAGGAGAUUUGAAUUUUGAAAAUAAGGAAUUCAGAGGGGUUACAAAUAUUCUGAGUGUGGAUGGGCUGCAGAGUGAUGUACUAGACAAUAAUGUGAAGAUGGGCAAAAGUUAUGGGCUACAAGUUAAGAAAUGGGCAACAAGUUCUUCUAACAAUGGACGGACCCUUGAAUUAGUCCUCGGAAAUGGGCUUUUUACACUAAAGCCAAUUAAAUCGAAAGAAGUUGAUUCUUUUAACUGA